AUGUCGGACGUCUCGUCGGAUCUCGGCGGCAUCCGGGCGGGGCCCGUGGAGCGUGACAUCGAGCAGGUGCGUGCUGCUAACCCUUCUCUGGGUGGAUCUAUUUCCCCUCCCCCCGUCCCUGGUUCUACUGCGGGUGCAACUGAGAUGUGGAUGGGUAGAUCAUCAUCUAUCGCCUACCGCUUACGUGCUCUCCUGCUGCGUGUCGCGGAUAGAUUUCCCCUCCCCCCGUCCCUGGUUUUACUGCGCGUCCCAGGUUCUACUGCGGGUGCAAUUGUGGUCUGUUUUAUAUCUUCAAAAUGUGAAGUAUGGAAGUUGCAUGCUCCUGGUUGCUUGUUUUUUUUCCCAUAUAUUGAUGACUUGGCCAUCACUGCUCUCAAGAAAGGAGCAUACUUGCUGAAGUAUGGGCGUAGAGGAAAGCCCAAGUUUUGUCCAUUCAGGUUAUCCAAUGAUGAAUCUGUACUGAUAUGGUUCUCAGGGAAAGAAGAGAAACAUCUAAGGUUGAGCCAUGUAUCCAGGAUAAUUCCUGGGCAACGGACUGCAAUUUUUCAGAGGUAUCCACGGCCUGAGAAGGAAUGCCAGUCUUUUUCUCUAAUUUCACAUGAUAGGUCAUUGGAUAUAAUAUGCAAAGAUAAAGAUGAAGCUGAAGUAUGGUUUGCUGGGCUGAAAACACUGAUUUCACGUUGCCACCAAAGAAAAUGGAGAACUGAAUCUAGAAGUGAUAUCCUUUCCUCUGGUGCAACUAGUCCGAGGACUUACACACGACGGAGUUCUCCUUUGAGUUCACCUUUCAGCAGCAAUGACAGCAUCCACAAGGAUGGCAGUGACAAUUACCGACUCCGUACUCCAUAUGGGAGCCCACCAAAGAAUCGAUUGGAGAAGGCAUUUUCUGAUGUCAUGUUGUAUGCAGUUCCUCCCAGGGGUUUCUUUCCAUCAGAUUCUAAUGCUGAAUCAGUCCAUUCUAUGUCUUCUGGACACUCGGAUAACACAAAUGGGCACCCCAGAGGCGUCCCAAUGGAUGCUUUCCGAGUCAGUUAUUCAAGUGCCGUUAGUUCAUCUAGUCAUGGUUCUGGUCAUGAUGAUGGUGAUGCUUUAGGCGAUGUUUUCAUAUGGGGAGAAGGAACCGGGGAAGGAAUUCUUGGCGGUGGUGGUUCAAGAGUUGGAAGCUCCUCAGGUGCAAAAAUGGACUGCCUUGUACCAAAACCAUUAGAAUUUGCCGUGCGACUUGAUGUGCAGAACAUAUCUUGUGGAGGAAGGCAUGCUGCACUUGUUACUAAACAAGCCCUAGUAACUUCCGCUGGACAGCUUUUCACAUUUGGUGAUGGAUCAUUUGGGGUUCUGGGCCAUGGAGAUCGUGAGAGUAUCUCGGUCCCCAGGGAAGUUGAAUCUCUCAAAGGGCUACGCACGGUGCGGGCAGCUUGUGGUGUUUGGCACACUGCUGCAGUUGUAGAAGUCAUGGUUGGGAAUUCAAGUUCUAGCAAUUGUUCUUCUGGUAAGAUAUUUACAUGGGGUGAUGGUGAUAAAGGUCGCUUAGGUCAUGGUGACAAGGAACCAAAACUUGUCCCAACCUGUGUGUCUGCUUUGGUGGAGCCCAAUUUUUGUCAGGUUGCUUGUGGGCAUUGCUUGACAGUAGCCCUAACAACUUCUGGGCAUGUGUAUACAAUGGGCAGUGCUGUCUAUGGUCAACUUGGGAAUGCACAAGCUGAUGGUAUGCUUCCUGUGCGUGUUGAAGGGAAGCUACACAAAAACUUUGUGGAGGAGAUUUCAUGUGGUGCUUAUCAUGUGGCUGUAUUGACUUCUAGGACUGAGGUAUACACAUGGGGAAAAGGUGCAAAUGGCCGGUUAGGUCAUGGCGAUACUGAUGAUAGGAAUACUCCUACAUUGGUUGAAGCACUGAAAGAUAAGCAAGUCAGAAGUGUUGUUUGUGGAAUUAAUUUCACUGCAGCAAUAUGCAUUCACAAAUGGGUAUCUGGAGUUGAUCAAUCAAUGUGCUCAGGUUGCCGUCAGCCAUUCAACUUGAGGAGAAAACGUCAUAAUUGCUACAACUGUGCUCUAGUAUUUUGUCAUUCCUGCAGCAGUAAAAAAUCUCUGAAGGCUUCAUUAGCACCUAAUACAAACAAGCCUUACCGUGUCUGCGAUACCUGCUACAGCAAACUGACAAAGGGACUUGAGACAGAUAUGCAUUCUUCAGCGAAGCGGGCUGCUACUGUACCGGGAUUCAGUGAUACAAUCGAGGAGGAUCUGGAAACAAGGUCAAAUGCUCAACUAUCAAGGUUGUCGUCAAUGGAAUCUUUGAAGCAUUUAGAUAGCAGAUAUUCCAAGAAAAAUAAGAAGUUUGAAUUUAAUAGCACCCGUGUUUCCCCUGUGCCUAAUGGGAGUUCACAUUGGAGUGGACUAAACAUUUCAAGAUCUUUCAAUCCUGUAUUUGGAUCUUCAAAGAAGUUUUUCUCAGCAUCAGUUCCUGGAUCUAGAAUUGUUUCUAGGGCAACAUCACCUAUUUCAAGAAGAGCAAGCCCUCCACGAUCUACAACACCAACACCUACUCUGGGUGGCCUAACAUCUCCAAGAGUUGUUCCCAACGAUGGCAAGCCAACAAAUGAUGCAUUAAGCCAAGAGGUUCUGAAUUUGAGGUCUCAGGUGGAGAGUCUUACCAGGAAGUCUCAACUCCUAGAAGUGGAGCUGGAAAGAACUACCAAACAAUUGAAGGAAGCUAUUUCCAUUGCCGGUGAGGAAACUGCAAAGUGCAAGGCAGCAAAGGAAGUAAUCAAGUCACUCACUGCACAGUUGAAGGGGAUGGCAGAGAGAUUACCUGGAGGAGCAGCCAAGAACACUAAGUUGCCACCUCUUCCUGGAAUUUCCAUUCCAAGUGACAUUUCGUCCAUGGCUACGGAGAGUGUGGGCAGCCCAAGCAGCUCUGGAGAACAAAUCAUAAAUGGUCAUAAUGGAUUGCUUGCUUCUAAUGGACCAAGUUCUGUUAGGAAUAAGACGAGCCAUCAAGAAGUAGGCAAGAAUGGAAGUAGGCCGCCUGAUGCUGAAUCUUGCCAUGAUGCUGAAUGGGUAGAGCAAGAUGAACCAGGUGUUUACAUUACUCUCACCGCGUUGCCUGGAGGCGCCAGAGAUCUCAAGCGGGUUCGGUUCAGCCGGAAGAGGUUCAGUGAGACACAAGCAGAACAGUGGUGGCAGGAGAACCGGGCGAGGGUAUACCAGCAGUACAAUGUCCGCGUGGUUGACAAAUCAACCGCCAGUGUCGACAAUGACAUUGCGGCUAACUGA